GUCGUUCGAGGAGUUCCCGCUAGUGCUACACGAUGGCUUCCCCUGCUUUGCCUGAGAUUUCAAAGCCUAAGAUCGUCGACGGUCCCGGCGGUUAUGUACUUGAAGAUGUUCCUCACUUAACUGAUUAUAUUCCUGAUCUUCCUACUUAUCCUAAUCUGUUGCAAGACAAUCCGGCAUACUCUGUUGUUAAGCAAUAUUUUGUUCACGUUGAUGAUAGCGUCCCUCAAAAGGUUGUAGUUCACAAGGAUGAUCCAAAAGGAAUUCAUUUCCGACGAGCUGGAGCACGUCAAAAGGUAUAUUUUCAUUCUGAUGACGUUCAUGCAUGUAUUGUAACGUGUGGCGGUCUUUGCCCUGGACUCAACACUGUGGUUAGAGAGAUUGUAUGUGGCUUGCACCACAUGUACGGUGUAAAGAAAGUAUUGGGGAUCGAUGGAGGAUACAAGGGGUUUUAUGCAAAAAAUACAGUGUAUUUAAAUCCCAAGGUUGUUAAUGAUAUACAUAAACGUGGUGGAACUAUCCUUGGGACAUCACGAGGUGGACAUGAUACCUCAAAAAUUGUUGAUAGUAUUCAGGAUCGUGGGAUUAAUCAGGUUUACAUUAUCGGAGGAGAUGGAACUCAAAGAGGUGCAGCUCUUAUAUUCGAGGAAAUUAGAAGGCGUGGUCUCAAAGUUUCAGUUGCCGGUAUCCCUAAAACUAUUGACAAUGACAUUCCGGUUAUCGACAAGUCGUUUGGCUUCGACACUGCAGUUGAGGAGGCUCAACGUGCCAUUAACGCAGCUCAUGUUGAAUCUGAAAGUUUCGAGAAUUGUAUUGGGCUUGUGAAGCUAAUGGGCCGCUACAGUGGUUUUAUUGCAAUGUAUGCGACAUUAGCAAGCCGAGAUGUGGAUUGUUGCUUGAUCCCAGAGUCACCUUUUUAUCUUGAAGGACCUGGAGGGCUUUUUGAAUACAUUGAGAAACGACUUAAAGAAGAUGAGCAUAUGGUCAUUGUGAUUGCAGAAGGUGCAGGCCAGGAACUACUUUCCCAAAGCAUUCAAUCCACGACAGAUGCUUCAGGAAACAAGCUUCUCCAGGAUGUUGGGCUAUGGAUAUCACAAAGUAUCAAGGAUCACUUUUCAAAACAAAAGAUGCCCAUAAACCUCAAAUAUAUAGAUCCUACUUAUAUGAUUCGUGCUGUUCCAAGCAAUGCAUCGGAUAAUGUUUACUGUACACUUCUGGCUCAAAGUGCUGUCCAUGGAGCGAUGGCGGGAUACACUGGCUUUACAAGCGGACUUGUCAAUGGCAGGCACACUUACAUACCUUUCAACCGAAUUAUCGAGAAACAAAACAAGGUUGUGAUUACAGAUAGGAUGUGGGCAAGGCUUCUUUCUUCAACAAAUCAACCCAGCUUUUUGAGACCAUCAACCAACUUGUUGAGUAACGGAAACGGUAGCCAAAAGAGUUUGGACAAAAAGGUCAAAGACUUAAAAAUUUUGCCAGAUGAGAUUUUGGACUUGAAUGAAUAG